AUGCUGCAGAGCAGAUGGCCGGGCGUUGAACCAGCAGCAGGACCGAGCCGCGUCCAUCUCCCCGGGGAGGAAAUGUCUGCGGAGGCGUGGGAGAACGGCAGCCUGGCCCCCCCCCUGCUCCCGCUCAACGACAGCUAUCUGCUGAACGCCACGCUGUUCGGCCCCACCAACUCCUCCUUCCCGGAGGCGUCCUCGGGCCCCAGCGUGGCCGGGGUCCUCAUCCCGCUCAUCUACAUCGUGGUGUGCGUGAUCGGGCUGGGCGGGAACACGCUGGUCAUCCACAUCGUGCUGCACUACUCCAAGAUAGAGUCGGUCACCAACAUCUACAUCCUCAACCUGGCCAUCGCCGACGAGCUGUUCAUGCUGGGCCUCCCCUUCCUGGCCGUGCAGAACACCCUCCAGUCCUGGCCCUUCGGCUCCUUCAUGUGCCGGCUGGUGAUGACCGUGGACUCCAUCAACCAGUUCACCAGCAUCUUCUGCCUGACCGUGAUGAGCGUGGACCGCUACCUGGCCGUGGUCCACCCCAUCCGCUCCUCCAAGUGGCGCCGGCCCCAGGUGGCCAAAGUGGUCAACGGCACGGUGUGGGCGCUGUCCUUCCUGGUGGUGCUGCCCGUGGUGGUGUUCGCCAACAUCCAGAGGGCCGGGGGAACCUGCAACAUCGCCUGGCCCCAGCCGGCCAACAUCUGGAGGGCGGCCUUCAUCAUCUACACCUCCACGGUGGGCUUCUUCUGCCCCCUGCUCAUCAUCUGCCUCUGC